AUGGCGGUUUCCAAUGCUUGGGACGACGACUGGGAAUCCCAAGCCGAUGCAUUGGAAUCAGCACCUCCACCAAAUGAAGCGGUCGAGGAAGAACCCAGGAUUUCUAAGGCUGAACGAUUGGCAAAACAUGCAGAGACUAAUAAGAAGUUAUGGGAAUCUGCCGAAACCCCCGGGGGCCUCUCAGCACAAUUUCCCUUCCUCCUUCCACCCAAUCUCGCCAAGCCCGUUCCAUUAGCCACGCCCUACAAAGCGCCUCUUACGCUUCUCUCCCGUAAACCCGCUCCUAGAACAGUUACCAAAAUCGAUUCUCGGACUGGCAAAAUGACCACAAUUGAAGCCGAGGAAGAAGAGGAAGCGAUUGUCGCCGGACCAAGUGCCGAGGAACUGCGCGAAAGAGCGCAGCGGGAACGAGAGGAGAAGAAGAGAAAGUAUGAUGAAGCCAGAGCCAGGAUUCUAGGGACGGGUGCCUCGCCAAGAAGCAAUUCUGGAAAUGGGAGGGGAGGUAGCGGUGGAAAUAGUCCAAGGAAUGGAACACCGCCUCUGAACGAAAAGGGAAGAGGAAGAAAUCGAGGAAGUGAGAAUAGAAGAGCAGAUAGUAGGCCGGAUGAUAGGACUGGACAGAAGGAAUUAUUUGAUCCAAACUAUACGGCUAAGCCUGGAUCAAUCUCACUACAGAAGACGUCUAGAAAUGGGGAAGGAUCACGAUCAGGAUCGGGCACAUCUACACCAACAUCACGAGAAAAUGAACAGAUUAUUCGAGCACCAAGAGGGCCUGAUGCGACUGGUAAGGGAUUUGGAUUCGCAAAUCGAGGUGGUAAAAUGAGUUGA